AACCACCGACGUCAUCACUAUUAUCCAUUCCCCUCAUUAGAAAGCGCGCCAACGUAACAGCUUCCUUAAAUCCAACGACCUAUCGCCGCGUGUUGACCGGCCCAACGCUAUAUUCCCAUCAGCUUUGCGUUUAAAUUACACAAUCCCUCCUUUGUUUUACCAUUAUUGCCCUACAAGGAGAAGAAGAAAGAAAGCCCAUUCCCGCAUCCAUUGCUUUUUUUUUUUUUUGGGUAAAGAAAAAAUGAAACCGAAUCAGACGGUGGAGGAUGAACCACAACAAUCCGUCACCACCAUGAAACGCCGUAUCCAAAUGCUGUCACUCCACCUGACCCCACUUUCACCCCUGCAACCUUCACCUCAGCUCAACAUGCUAACAUGCGCCAAGGCUAGUAAGCUGGAGGUUGACAACGUCUCUCUUUCAAGCUACAUGAGAGGGAAGAACAGGGAAAUUCAAGAGAAAAUUUUUGAAUUUUUUAACUCGAGGCCUGAUUUGCAAACCCCAAUUGAGAUUUCAAUGAAUGAACAUAGGGAGCUUUGUAUCAGACAGCUUAUGGGGUUGGUUGGAGAAGCAAAGAUUAAGCCUUUUAGAUAUGUUGUUGAAGAUCCUGCUAUGUAUUUUGCUAUUUCUGAGGCUGUUGGGAGUGUUGAUAUAUCUUUUGGGAUCAAAUUUGGUGUCCAAUAUAGUCUUUGGGGAGGUUCUGUGCUGAACUUAGGAACUAAAAAGCACCGGGAUAAGUAUUUUGAUGGUAUUGACAAUUUGGAUUAUCUUGGUUGUUUCGCUAUGACAGAACUACAUCAUGGCUCAAAUGUUCAGGGUCUCCAAACCGUGGCAACAUUUGAUCCAAUUACGGAUGAAUUUAUUAUCGACACACCAAAUGAUGGGGCCAUCAAAUGGUGGAUUGGCAAUGCUGCUGUUCAUGGCAAGUUUGCAACAGUGUUUGCUAAGCUGAUUUUACCAACUCAUGACUCUAAAGGGGUUUCUGAUAUGGGAGUCCAUGCCUUCAUUGUGCCGAUAAGGGAUCUAAAAACUCACCAGACACUUCCAGGAAUUGAAAUACAUGAUUGUGGCCACAAAAUUGGCCUGAAUGGGGUGGAUAAUGGAGCACUGAGAUUCCGUUCAGUUAGAAUUCCGCGAGAUAAUCUUCUUAAUCGAUUUGGGGAUGUUUCUCGAGAUGGAAAAUACACAAGUAGUCUCCCUACAAUAAACAAACGUUUUGCUGCUACACUAGGUGAACUUGUAGGUGGGAGGGUUGGCCUUGCAAAUUCUUCAGUUGGUGUCCUCAAGAUUUCUGUUACUAUUGCAGUGCGAUACUCCUUACUACGUCAGCAAUUUGGCCCUCCCAGACAGCCUGAAGUCAGCAUUCUUGAUUAUCAAUCUCAACAGCACAAGCUUAUGCCAAUGUUGGCUUCAACUUAUGCGUUUCAUUUCACCACUCAGUUUUUGGUGGAGAAAUAUUCAGAGAUGAAAAAGACGCAUGACGAACAACUGGUUGGAGAUGUCCAUUCGCUUUCUGCAGGCCUGAAGUCCUAUGUGACAUCAUAUACAGCAAAGUCAUUGAGUACCUGCAGGGAAGCCUGCGGAGGCCAUGGGUAUGCUGCUGUCAAUCGGUUUGGUACCUUGAGGAAUGAUCAUGACAUUUUCCAGACAUUUGAAGGAGACAACACAGUACUUCUGCAACAGGUAGCUGGCGAUCUAUUGAAGCAAUAUAAGGACAAGUUCCAAGGUGGUACUCUUUCUGUGACAUGGAACUACUUGAGAGAAUCUAUGAACACAUACUUGUCUCAGCCAAAUCCUGUAACUGCCCGUUGGGAAAGCGCAGACCACUUGCGAGACCCUAAAUUCCAGUUGGAUGCCUUCAGGUACCGAACCUCAAGACUGCUUCAAAGUGUAGCGGCACGACUUCGAAAACACUCUAAAACUCUUGGCAGCUUUGGUGCAUGGAAUAGGUGCCUGAAUCACCUACUAACACUUGCAGAGUCUCAUAUCGAGUCUGUCAUCCUUGCAAAGUUUAUUGAAGCUGUGCAGAACUGUCCUGAUGCCAGUAGUCAAGCUGCUCUGAAACUUGUAUGCGAUCUUUAUGCCCUGGAUCGGAUCUGGAAAGACAUAGGAACUUACUGUAAUGUUGAUUAUGUUGCACCUAACAAAGCUAAGGCAAUCCACAAGCUCACAGAAUACCUGUGUUUCCAAGUGAGAAAUAUUGCAGGGGAGCUUAUAGAUGCAUUUGAUCUUCCACCUUACGUUACCCGGGCCCCGAUUGCAAUGCAGUCAGAAGCAUAUGCUCAGUACACACAGCUUGCGGGGUUCCAAUGACUAGAGAAAGCAGGAAUCCAAGGUUAACUUAUGUAAUCGUGAGUGCCAAAAAUUGAUGGAACAAACAAGUAGAUCAUACAAUGGAUGGAAUGUUUUAAAUUCUUUUGCCAUAUUAAAUACAGGGUUCAGGUCAAUGCAGCUGUUGAAAUCCCGGUAUAUAGCCUAGGUUUGGAAAGAAUAACGUGCUGAAGCUUGAAAGCAGUAUUGUUUGUAACUGUAUUGAUGAACUAUAUACAUUUUCUUUUUAAUAGAAGAAUAGCAGAAGAUUGAAUCCUGCAUAUUUGCUUGUCUUGAACUCUUCCAAUCCAAUUUUGACAGGAUUAGUAUUUUUGACACUUCCAAUAUUGUUCUAUUUCUUCAGGAAAGCUAUUUGCAACUACUCUUUGGAAUUUACAACGGUCUAUUUCCAAACCAAACCUUAAUAUGCUUGUAUUUGAUAAUUACAUAGCCUUGGUAAAUCUAGUUGGCCUGCAAUUUGAGGUAUGCAAUUCGAGCUGCUUCACUUUUCUGUCUUAAAAUCCUCGUACAUUUUAAGAGAGGCCUCAGAAAAUUUAUUUAGUCUAUCAAGAACCCGAUUCAAACUUGUUUGUAUGCAGCACAAGUCUGAAGAUACAUCAUCAUUUGUAUAACCAUCUGUUAACCUGUUAACACGAUCUUUGUUCUCUGAUUCUCCAGUGUUUGCAUCAACUGAUUUCUCUUUCUUCUGCAGUUGUUCUACUUGUUGGUCCAUCAGAAGGCAAAGAUCAGAUAAGAAGGCUUUGAUGGCAACAGUAAGUUCCUCUGCUGGCAAAGCUUUUAUGCCGGCCUACCACUCGCGACACAGGACAAAUAUUGGUGGUCCAUAUCCCAAAUAUUGUUAGUAGAACAUAGCCAUAAUAUUAACAUCAUAUGGGCGAUAAAGAGGCCAUGGCAGAGGGGGAUAAAGAUGAGAUUGUUGCAUUGUAUAUAAUACUAUGCAUUUCUUUUGUUAGUUAGGUGUAGGUUUUUAGUUAAACCAUAAAACGUCAAGUUUAUUCUCAAUAAAGAUCUGUUUUCAUGUAUGUUUAAGUUUAACCAUGCCUAUAUGUAUAUUUUUAUGUUGUUUAAGUUUACU